AUGAACCCGUCGCCGAUCAUCCUUCCCGAUGAUCUCAUUGCCGAAUUACUUUCCUUUCUUCCCGUCAAAUAUCUUCUUCAAUUUAAGUGUGUCUGUAACUCUUGGAAAAUUCUCAUCUCUGAUUCCGCCUUCGUCAAAUUGCACCUCAAGAGAUCUGCAACACAAAAUCCCAUGUUAGCACUAAUCAUGUAUCACGUGAAGAUUAAUCCCAGAGAGUCUCCCUACAGUAAUGACUAUGAAUAUGAACAGAGUUAUAGCGUUGUUCCAUAUCUCAGUCGUAGUUUACUCGAUAAUUCCUCAUUCACCCUUUUUGACCAGCCUUACUGUUAUGUGAAAAACAAAGGAUGCUCUAAUGUUGUUGGUUCCUGUAAUGGAUUGAUUCUUUUGGCUGGUGAUUCCUUCACCGGUCUCCAAAGAGAUUACUGGUUUCGAUUGUGGAAUCCAGCCACCAAGACAACAUCUAAAAUAUUUGGAAAGUUUUAUGAUUUUCAAUAUCAACGCUGGCCCUUUGUGUUAGGUUUCGAUGAUUCAACAGACACUUAUAAAGUGGUGGUGUCCCGUUACAUCAAAGAUCAACUGAAAACUGAGGUGAGAGUUCUUAGUUUCAGUGAUGAUGUUUGGAGAAACAUUGAAAGUUUUCCAGGUGUUCGUCUUAAUUGGAACUAUGGUGAACAUAGUUUCUAUGUUGGAGUGUUUAGUGGUGUGUAUUUGAGUGGUACUAUUAACUGGUUGGCUAGCCACAACAACAUUGACUACAAUAGUCAUAUUAUUAGGAAUAAAACUGUUGAAGAUUAUGUUAUUGUUUCUCUUGAUUUGAGGACUGAGAUGUACAAUCAAUAUCUAUUGCCCCAGGUUUCUGAUGAAGUGCCGCCUACAAAACCAACCAUUGGUGUUUUAGGGGGCUGCCUUUGUUUAUCUCAUUCUUUGAGGAAAACUGAUUUUGUUAUAUGGCGGAUGAAGAAAUUUGGAGUUGAAGAUUCUUGGACUCAAUUUCUUAAAAUUAGUUAUCACAAUCUUCAAAUAGAUUAUGAUAACUUUAGUUACUGUCAGAAGCGUCAUUUUCAAUUGAUACCGUUGCUUCUUUUCGAAGAUCGUGAUACACUUAUGCUCAGUAGCAAUCUUGAAUCCCAAGCAUUUCUCUAUAAUUGGAAAGAUAAUAGAGUACAACGAAUAAAAGUUACUGCAAAUAUAACGAGAGAUUAUUUAUAUUGGGAUUCGGUCAAAGAUUAUGUUGAAAGCCUUGUUCCAAUUCAUUAA